AUGGCACUACAAAAGAAAGCAAACGAACCUCAACAAUAACAACAAAAAAAUACAAUUCUAUGUUUUGCUCUCGUUUCCCACUCACCAACACACACACACACACAUGUCCGUCCGACUUCCGCGUCGGCCUGACAUACCGGCCGAUCAUGGUGGUUCCACAAAAACCGCCCGGUCACGCCACGUCAAAUCGGGCCGACAUCGGAUCGAUGGGAAGCGGUGACCGACGAUGCCAGACGAAUGAAACCAACAGCAGUGGAACGGGUGGACGUAUCUGGGGCGCAGGUUCCUUGCAUACACACACACACACCCUUCCCUUCCUUCCCUUCGCUGUAAUCGAUAUUCGAUCUUUUUGCGAUGUGAUGUCAAACGGCGAAAACUCAUCCUCGAGUGGGUGCCAUGCAUGCACUGUGUGUGUGUGUGUGGUGCUUGGUUUUUUGUUGUUGUUGCUGUUUUCUGGUGUCCACCCACGGUGUGGACACCAUGGUGUUUGAGCCUGCUCGAUGAUAUUGCCAGCGUCCUUUGGGCCUUCGCAACAUCACCUUCAUUGCGCGGUGUAGCACCGGGAAAAGCAAACGCGAAAGGGCAAACCAAACGUGAGUGGCAAAGAGGAGAAGACAAAAAAAAAAAAAAACACAAACAUUGAAAGGAAGGUGCAGGAGAAAGCAUCUGUACUGACGCAGAACAUCACAGAUCGCUCUAGAUGGAAGACGACGGACCGGCAGAACCGAUUUGGGGUAGCCCGAGUAGGACGAUCGUGCUGUUUGCCGGGGCGGACGGCAAUUUGACGCAAAUUCGGGCAAACACGGAGCGCGAUAUAAAUCAUGCCAUGGUGUGGAGUGUGAUGAUGGUGCGCCAGAACAAAAACAAAAAAAAACACACACACACACACCAGCUCGAGUGCCGGCUCUGUCCAUUCCGGGGCAUGUGUGGUUUGGAUGAUUUGUGUCAGUUUUUGUUUUUGGGGGUUGGUUUCUGCUCCUGUUUUAUUCCGGGUUCAAACGAUUUCAUUGCCCGAUCUGUCGCUGGGCGCAAGAUGGCCCAGUUGGAGGAUGAUUUAUUGUAGGUUGUAGGUCCCGCUGCAAGCGAUUUUCAAUUAAUCCGGACACUACUACUGCUACUACUACAUCCGGAUUGAACUGCAUCUUCCUGUCCUGCCGGAACGAACCUGUGGUAUCUGGCCAUUUCGAUACUACAAAUUCCUGGUUUUGUUUUCGUUUUCGUUCACACAAGCUCGCUCCCUUGCGUUGUAAUGUAACUCACCCAUUUCCGUGUGUCUGUGUGCGUCGUACCCCAUGAUAAGAUAACAAGAUGGGAAUGCUACUCCCCGGUGGCAAUCGUGGCUCUCUUCGUCCCCAUCGGUUGUUCUGUUGUUUCGGCCGGAGGGCAAUUUUUGGUGCUGUUUGUGACUGUAUUUACUUUUACUAUCGCUCACUCGCGGUCGAGCGGGAACGACGCGGGGGCUGUGGUUGGGUUGGGUGCAACGGUGAGGCUCGGCUUGGUGAGAGUAAAAGUUAAAUAAUGGACCGCAUCUGCAGUGGAGCAGUGGGCUACGCCUGAGAUCGUCGCACAACUGCCAGCCUGCCAACAGCGGAUUUAACGAAGCGGAAACGAGGGUCCGGAUCAAGUUACCGAAAAUUUUGCCAAUUUGCCGCUCGUAAGGCUUCGUCGUCACCACCGCGGUGCGAGCGCAGUGAAAGUGCAGUCGAAUCGAUCGAGCCCAUCUGGCGAGCCCCGCAGUGUACAACUACUACGUGCGACUGAACGGCCGACCGGAGCCCAAACACCCUAUCCUACCGGGCCCCCCUUUCCCCCCCAUCCACCCCCCUUAGCAUCUAGGAGCCUAGGAGCCGGAGAUCGAUGGGCGAAUAUGGCACACUGGACACGAACACCAUCACCAGCAGUAGCAGUGCGUCCUCCGUUACGUCAAUUCUGAUGCCGAUGCCAAUGUCGAUGGCAGCAGCAGCAGCAGCAGCAGCAGCCCCACCCACCUCCUCCUCUUCCUCCUCUUCCGCGGCAGCAAUGUCGGUGUCUGCCGCGGGCAAACCGUCGCCCUCCUGUCCCUCCUCGACCGGGGCGGCUCCGUCCGUCGCGAUGGUACUGGCGGCAGCGGCCGCCGCAGCGACAGCCAACAACACUACAACGAACCAAAUGCCGUGCAAUCACGUCCAAACGUCCACCUCCUCGUCGUCGGUGGAAUCUGACAGCUACCAUUUCUACCAUCACAAAACGGCCGGCCCGAACGGGGGCAGCAACGGGGUCGGAGCGGGGCCGGGCUCUGCCAGCACCGGCCAUCACGGUACCGGUGGCGGUGGCGGCGGUGGUGUCUCCAAGGGCAGUGGGAGAGCUGGGACAGGCCACGAACCUGCGUCAUCGUCCGGCAUGCCACGACCGUCGGCAGUGUCGGGCAGUAACGGGGGCGCCGGCAAUGGUGGCGGCGGCAGCGGGCAGCGGGUAAAGUGUAAGGAUCCAAUACGCGUCGGUUUCUAUGAAAUCGAGAAAACGAUCGGCAAGGGCAACUUUGCCGUGGUUAAGCUGGCACGCCAUCGAAUUACCAAAAAUGAGGUAGCAAUUAAAAUUAUCGACAAAUCCCAGCUAGAUCCGGGCAAUUUGCAGAAAGUUUAUCGAGAGGUUGAAAUCAUGAAGCGCUUAGACCACCCGCACGUCAUCAAGCUGUACCAGGUUAUGGAGACCCAGAGCAUGAUUUACAUAGUCUCGGAGUAUGCUAGUCAGGGUGAAAUUUUCGAUUACAUCGCAAAGUACGGACGACUUAAUGAACGUGCUGCUAGGAAUAAGUUUUGGCAGAUCUUAUCCGCCGUAGAAUACUGUCACAAUAAGGGCAUAGUACACAGAGAUCUUAAGGCUGAGAAUCUAUUGCUAGAUUCCAAGAUGGACAUCAAAAUAGCGGACUUUGGGUUUUCCAACUUUUACAAAAAGGGCGAACUGCUGGCCACCUGGUGCGGUUCGCCACCGUACGCCGCGCCGGAGGUGUUCGAGGGCAAGCGGUACACUGGGCCGGAGAUUGACAUAUGGUCCCUGGGCGUUGUGCUGUACGUGCUGGUGUGCGGCGCGCUACCGUUCGAUGGAUCAUCACUGCAAUCGCUGCGGGACCGUGUGCUGUCCGGCCGUUUUCGGAUUCCAUUUUUCAUGAGCUCCGAUUGUGAAUCGCUCAUCCGUAAGAUGCUGGUGCUGGAUCCGUCACGCCGGUUCUCGAUCGACCAGAUCAAGCGGCACCGCUGGAUGAUGGUGGAAAUCAUCGACACGCCGAAGAUUAGCAGCAUCGUCAUCAAUGGGAGCGUGAGUGAAGUGAGCGCCCUCGAAACGGAACCGAACGAGCAGAUACUGAAAAUUAUGCAAAACCUGGGCAUCGACAUUCUCAAGACGAGGGAAAGCUUAAAGCUGCACAGCUACGAUCACUACACCGCAUUCUAUCUGCUGCUACUGGAAAGACUGAAGAGCCGCACAGUAUCGCACGAGAACGCCACCACCGUCGCCGGUUGCAUCGGUGGCGGCAAGUCGGGCAUGCACGAGUCGCAGCGCCGCCGUCCAAGCAACGUGGCCGAACAGGCAAUGCGCAAGCUCGCCAUCAGUGCGCAGCACAAGAGCGACCAGCCGAGUUCGUCGCCUAAGCAUCAGCAAGUCUCGUCCGGUUUGAACAAUCACAGCUCGGAAACGCUGCACGGGCUGCUGUCGGCGGCACAGCAGGUCGGUUCGGGCGUGUCCCCCGCACUGCCCGCGAUGGCCCCCGGCAUGAUGCUGCUGCGCGAUACGAGCAUCCGCGAGCAGCAGCCGGUGCUCAAGGACAGCUCGUACUUCCGGGGCGUAUCGUACACCUCCAGCUCGGGCUUUACCGAUGCGUCGCUGUACCAGCUGGCGUCGUUGCGCGAGCGCGACUGCAGCUCCACAUAUCUGACCGGCACGGUCGGGCUGCUGCCGUCGUCGCUUUCCUCGAACGUGGCGGGCACGCUGGCAGCGGCGGCGGCGGCUGGGGCGUCCUCGUCCAGCGCACGGGAGAGCAACUCCAUUGUGCUGCGCGAAUCGGGCAUCCUGUCUAGCCGCAUCUCCUCGAGCCGGCUCUUGUCCAGCAACAUCGACAAGCGCAUUCUGCAGCAAAGCACGGAAGAUUGUCGGCGGCUACUGCAGCAGGCACGUCCCGUAUCGAUGGGUGAAUCGAAUCGGUAUACGAAACCACCGUCCCAUUCGCCGGUGAACAGCGAUCUCCACCAGACGGCUGCGCCGCAGCCGCCCUCCCAGUCGUCGCCGGCCCAGUCGUCCGCGGUGCCCCAGUCCCAGCGCUACUCGGACCCGCUGAAUGGGUUCAGCAAGGACUACCUAACCAGCGCGUCAUCGAACGCCGAAACGUCGAUCACGGUGCCACCGUUCAAGGACUACCUGAACAACAUGCAAACCUACUCGUACCUACAGCACUACGAGCCCAACCUGACCGUGGCGAGCUCGGUAGCGAGUGGCCAUACACCACCGCCGGCGACGUCCAUUACGGCGCAGUACAGCUCCAGCACGGACGAAGGGUGUGAAACCGAUCUGGGAGACGAGGACGUACAGCAGUCGAUCGACAAGUCCAUUCAGCGGCUCAACUCGUUCGCCAGCUCCAGCUCGUCCAGCGGUGUCGUCACCAACAUCCAUCCGAAGAGCCUGAGCCAAAACCUAAGCUGCGACUCGUCGCGCAGCAACUUCUCCACCUUCGAAAGCUUGGAUCUCAACCUGUCCGACUGUGCGGAGCUGGCGGGCAGCCUGCCGUCCUGCACCGCCACGACGGAAGCGUACGAAAGUGUGGCUAAAGAUGAAGCAACGUUCCGUGCCGUCACUAGUGCGGCGUGCAUCAAUCAGCCGCAGUGUGUGUACGCCAUGUCGGACAAGGUGGUCAGCUCGUUCCUGCGCGCCAACACGGUGUACCAGGACGUGCACAAUGGGGACCAUCGCAGUAUUACCCGGUCGCCGGUCGAUUUUCGCGAGGGCCGCCGGGCGAGCGACGGGCUCGUGACGCAGGGGCUGGUGCACGCGUCGGACCACCCGCUCAACUCGCCGGUCGCGUUCAACAGCCAGCGGCUGAACGAAACGUGCAAGGCGAAGGGCGUGCUCGAGCUGCACCUGCUGCAGAAGGAGGCGGCCCAGCUGAAGGUGAAGUAUCAGGCGAACGUGCCGCAGGACGAGAUCAACGUGCGCCAGCUGCAGCACAGCCAGUUCCGGGUGAACCCGCUGGACGGGCUGCUGCUGAAGCCGCUGGCCGGCUCGGCGCACGGUAGCGCGUGCCUCGAUCCGGCCAGCGGUGGCACCGCCACCGGCUACUACAACAAGGUGGCCGACUACGUGGCCCUGUCGCUCGGCGUGAAGGGUGGGUGUGCGGGGUCGGCCGGCGGGCAGCCCGAGCCGGCGCUCGGGAAGCUCGAGGCGGAGCAGCUGUUGCUGCGGGCUGGCGUCGCCCGCUCGGACCAGCUAAGUGCUGCCGCGGUACAGCAGCUGCAGCAGAAGCCGCCGCUCCAGCAGCAGCUGAUGCAGCACCGGCUGCUGCAGCAGAAGCGCCAGAUCCUGCAGAAGCAGGGCGCGAUGGAGGCGGGCCUGAGCCGCCGGCAGAUGCUGCGGCAGCACAGCUACAAGAUCGCGCAGCAGACGCAAAUCCUGCCGCCGCUGCCGUACGGCGAGAUGGGCGAGCCGGGGGACGGGCCGGCCGGUGGGUAUCCGACCCUGCAGUCCGUCCGCGAGACGGCCAUCCUCGAGACGGAACCGGGCCAAACGCUCAAGGAGCAGCUAGAGCUGUACACGCACCUGCAAGCGCACCAUUCGCAUAUGCAUCACCAGCAACAGCAACAUCAGCAGCAGCAGCAGCACGGGCUUGGGGCAGGAUCCCACCUGGGAGCGGAUCGGGGAGCGCUUUGCUCCUGGAACACGCUGCCGAGCUCGAUGAAGACGUGCCAGAUCAGUGAUGGAGCCCCUGCAACCGACAGCCCGUGGAAUGUAGCCGCCCUCUACCAUCAGAAUGUACCGCCGGCCGGGCCGCUGUAUUCGCCGUCGCACUGGAUCACGCCACACUCGUCCUCGAUCCAGCACUCGAUGCAGCUACCACUAAGCGAAAGCCCCAUACCGGAGCUGGCCGAACAGAUGGAGUCCAUUUGAGCGGGGAGCCGCAUUGCGCCCGACGACGGUGGCGACGAACGUUCAGUUGCUUACUAGCGCCACGUUGGUUGCGGUUGUACAAUAGGAAGGAUGAGGUGGCAACAGUAUUCAGCACAUGUCACCGUAGCUUGCCACAGAAAGGCUGUUUUCGUUGUAUGCUGAAAGUAUCAUGGGAUUAGCUAUCAUUAAAGCAAGUGCAGCGUUUGAAGAUGUAAGCGGUAGAAGGUGGUUGAUGAUUUCGCGCCUUUCCUUCGUUCGUUGCUGCCUAAUGUUUCAUCCCUAGCGUCGGGUUUUAAGCCGUUUGUAGCGUUUCAAAGCUAUUUUUUUGCAGUCCCAGCACGUCUCAGCACACUUAGGAGACGCAUCUCCUGGCAGUUUGUUGGGUGCGGAACGAGAGGAAAUAAUUAAUUGUAACAACGUCAACGAGACUGGCCAUUGUCAAUUGAUAUGAAAUUGAAAUAACGUAAGAUUCGGUGGUAGAGAGAAGAGAGAGAAAACAAAACUCCGUAACGUAACAGUUGCUAGAACAGUACGCAAACAAUUACAAUUACAAUCAUAUACUCGCAGAAACCUCUUAACCUACCCGCCAGCACCACCCAGCAAGAGCAUUAGCAUGAAUUUCGACGCUUCGGAAGAUUGGGAAGAAUUGCUUUUUUUAACGUGAAAGUACGCGAACACUAUUGUAAACUGCGACUGAUUCAUCUGUACGUAAGCGAAACAGGACACGGCGUGGCAGUCGUGUUAGGCGAACCCCAUUAGCAGGACCACACUUGAUAGUGCACUGUUAGCGUGUAGCAAUCGGAGGGGCUACUUGUACAGUGUGAAGUGAUACUAAAAACAAACAUCUAGUCGAUAAAGGAUUGAUUUUCUACGGUGCCCCUCAACGGCUAGGCAAGCGUUUCCCGCAGUAGGAAAGUCAAUUGAAGAGUUAUGUUACGCUUACCGUUUGUUUCAAUGUUGAUUUAAUUUUCGUUUUAGAAAAUUUUACAAACGCUGCCAUAAGAGAAAUAAUGCAAAUUGUUGUUACACGCUCGAUCCCACCCGAAACGUUACGUUUGUAAAGCGUUUGAAGCGGUGGCAGAGCGAUGGAUCGUGAAUAGUGGAUAUAAUAUAUUUGUUUUUAUUUCCUGCCUUGGUUUAUGAUUUCCUGUUGCAGGGCAUUCCGAUAAGUUUAAACAACAUAAUCACAAAACACACAAACACACACUGCAGUUGGGAGAAGUAUUAUCGAGUUUUUUGUUUUGUUUAAUUUCUAUUAUUACAUAUAUUUUUAUGAUUUUAAACAAGUCAUGAAUCAAAGUUUACACAUUAGAUACAUUCUAUCAGCCGAUGACUGGAAGCGAUUCAUGAGGGUAACUGUAAGUCUUUUCCGAGGCAAUAAGAGCUACACAUUAGGCAACACAUUAGCGAAUAACGAACAACUGCCAAGCAUUUACACACAAAAAGAAGAAGAAAAAAUACUACAAGUGUAUUCCUACCCAAUGGACCGAACAUGAACGAAGUCAUGGUGUAUCGAACAAUCUUCACUAAACGAAUUACCGCGAGUGUGUUUUGUAGAGCUUUAUAGUAAUACACAAUCAGCACGGGAAAUACUGAGUUCGAAGCGUUGUGACAGCUUGUAAGAAUAAUCGUUUUGGUGUUGGCUGCGUUCGGCACAUUAACAAACACGCAAACCGUACAUCGAAACUCGGCCACGUCCACCCCAGCGGGAGCAGGGGAUGAUAGUUAGUGUUCAUGGCCGAUGUUGUGUAUCUAAUAUCUAGCAGCGAAUUUGAUCAUCAUUUCAUCAUAAUCAUCAUCUUCAUCACCCAUCCCAAACAUUUACACAUACCAGCGGUGCGGUGGCAUCCGAAGCCAGUGAAGCAAUGCAAAACAAAUGAAUGAACCAAGGGACCGGAUAUCGGUUUGAUCGAAAGAAAUUUAGUAACAUUAUUACUAUCACUACUACUAUUACUACUACUAUUACUACUACUACCACUACUAUCACUAUUAUAACUAGUACCAGAUACAUUCUCAUGUACAAUAACUGCUCCGGGCAUGUAUGCAAACGAUAAUAUCCACACAAACAAGAGAACGAUGGAGAACAACCAUGUAAAAAAACGAUAAAGGUCAAACAGAGUACGGCAAGGGGAGUGGGAAAACCGCCCUAAAGGAUGGAAGGCACCAGUAGCAAACAACACAAACAAUGGAAAAGCGCCAAUUCUAUAUAUCUAGUCAUAUCAAUCGUACACACACACACAAACACACAUAUAUAGAAGAAUGCAGUUUGUAUUCCACAGUAACAUUUCAUCAUUCGACAGAACAUAUUUAGAGCGAGAUAAUAAUGAAAGGAGAAACAGAGAAAGAGAGAGAUGGAGCGAGGGGAGAAGAAAAAGAGAUGGAUAGAGAUAGAUGGCAAUUUGAAUAGAUUUCGUGGUACACAUUAUGCCUAGUCCAAACGUGUAGCGUCGUCCAUAUAACUAGUCAAACUAUAUGAUACAUUACCGUUAACGAUGGAAGCAAGCAAAGCAAAACGAAAAACAAUACACAAUUUGAGGACGAAGAUGAUGAAGCAAAAAAAAACAACAUGAAACUCCUGAAGAAAGGGGAGCGGAACAAUAGUAAGUGCGUCAGGGAACAGGGCGCCCUCUAGCAUCUAGAGUAGAGCAACCAAUAUGCAAUCAAUACUGACAACGAGAGUGAAACAAUCGUUUGAUAAGGAUUUGCGUCACUGAAACUAAUAACAAAAAAGCUAAAACAAACAAAACCCAUAAUCAAUCGUGAGUGCUGUGUAUUGGGUGAAGAAGUUUUUCUAACAUUCGUACCAUUCGUCCCACUCGGAGGCGAACGGGGCGUGGUAGCGCUUAUCUACAAGCGACCAGGCGCCUCCAGCGCCAAUCUACGAGCGACUAGGCGCCUCCAUAAGGAUUUGCUUUGCGCACUACCACGCUUUACGGGCGCGGUGACAUCGACUCACACGAAGCUUAGUAAUCAGCGUUGCCACAGCAACACGCCCGGUGCACAGUAUUUCGUGCCGUUAGUAAGCAGGGGAGGGGGGAGGAAACAAAUCGAUUAGCGCGAAUAGAAUAGCAAACAAUUGGAGCCGCACACAGGCGAAUGCUACGGCAUGUCGUCCGGUGUUGAUGGCGUUUUUUGCGAUUUAAUCACAAUAAUUACAAUGCAUUCAAUUACAUUUUCUCCUACCAAAAAACUAAAAACAUACAAAAAAAAAAACCUAGAUGCAGAUGAUAGUAGUAGCGCGGCUGCACGAGUUUAGUGUGAAACCGGUACACCUAGUGAAAUGAAAUCGUACGGUAACUAUUAUUAAACGAAGUAAAAUUACAGGAAUCGUGUCUAGCAAAAAUAAAACAAUUUGUCCAAUCUAGCAAAUGGACGAGAGACGGUCACAAGACAACGGUAGCAAAAUGUAUUGAAAAUGUAACUCUUUAGUGAAGCAUUAAAACAAACAAACAAAAAAAAAACAACUUAGAAAUUUGGUGGACUAGUCACAUAGUAACAGCAAAGUAUUAUCAUCUGUGGGAUGUGGUGGUUUAGCAGAAUGCAGCAAAUAAUACAAUUAAACAACCAGAUGUGCACCGAGUUUCCGCCAUGCAACUCACCACGAGCGCAUGGACUUUUCACACACUGUUGCGUAAAUUGCAUUCGCUGCUCUAACGACUUACGCGUGUUUGUUUGCCAUUUACCAACCCGAAAAGUAUUACCGGUGCGUGGCAAGUUUUGGUAUGUUGCUUCGUCUUUGGCAGGCGAAGUGACACAAAAGUGCUUGAUCAUCUUGAUAGCGGGCAAAUGGUAUAAUGUAUAGAAUUGCACAAAAAAAUACGCGCUCCACCAUUUUAUAAGCUCUUGAAUCUAACAAUUCGAAACGCUUUGUUAAAAGAACCAACAAAACUAAAGCUCACUCGCCUGCAGGGAAUGACGCGCAUUGGGAACAUGUGAGUGUGUGUGAAAUUAGACUAUUGUAGCGCGACCCUGGGCAAGUGGCAAAGUGAACUCAAAAAGGUGUGCAGAAACAAACAAAAAAAUCAUCACCUCCGGACAUAAAAUUCAAUACAAGAGAAGUACAUCAGCAAAACCACGAUCAACAACAACAACCCCAAUAAUCCCACUACAAACAGUCAAUCGUUAGUGAUAAAGGAAGGAGAAUGGUGAUGAAAUUUGCUCUGGAAUGGAAAAUGGCUAGAGAGAAGGAACUAGACGCGAGAUGAAGAAACAGACACUCAGAUCGAAGGGGCAGUGUAACGGGGCAACCCCGGUAAGAAAAGAUGUGCAGCAUUAAGAAUGAACAUUAGAGAGCCAUGGGGCGGGAGCAGCUAAGGAGAGCAUCGUAAUACAAAUGGAUGUGAACGAACACAUAUUGGUUAUUUAGUAACAUUACAUUUACAGGAAACGAAAACAAUAACAUUAUUAGACCGUGUUUGUAAGGAAAGCAGACAAGGAAAAAGGAAACAUACAAUUAAACCGUAGACUAGUUAUAAUUACUUGAUAUACAUUUUUUCACAAGAAAAUAUACUUAUAAUCACGGACAAAUAAAGAAAUAUUGUGAAUGAUACCGA